GUCAGUUCAGUCGCACAUUUUAAAAUAUGGCUGCGUCCAUGAGGGAGGGAUUUACGGUUUGUUCAUUGCAAAUAUUAAGGAGUUUUGCACGAAACAGAGUUCAACAACGUGUCCUGUCGUCGUCUGCGAGACUUCUGAGUGCGAACAGUGAAGAUGGACAACCAUCGAAAUUCACGCCUCCCCCGAAACCUGUCAUUGUGGACAAGACACAAACAGGGGACACGCUCAGACGGUUCCUAAGUCCAGAAUUCAUACCUCCCAGACAGAGAACCAAUCCACUCAAAUUUGCCUUGGAGCGAAAGGACAUGAUAGCGAGGCGGAAAGUGCUGAACAUUCCAGAAUUCUAUGCUGGGAGUAUUCUUGCUGUAACUAUGGCUGACCCUUAUGCUAAUGGAAAAAUUAACCGCUUUGUGGGUAUAUGUAUCCAGAGGUCUGGGAAAGGACUUGGUGCUACGUUUGUCCUCAGGAACAUCAUUGAUGGGCAAGGUGUUGAGAUAUGUUAUGAAAUGUACAACCCCCGAAUCCAACAGAUUGAGGUGCUGAAAUUGGAGAAGCGACUGGAUGACAACCUGAUGUAUCUGCGUGAUGCUUUGCCAGAAUACAGCACCAUUGACUUUAACAUGAACCCAGUGUCCCACACUGCAAAUGGAGAAGUGCCUGUCAACCCACUCAAAGUGAAAAUGAAGCCCAAGCCGUGGUCCAAGAGAUGGGAACGCCCAAAGUACAAGGUCCAAGGAAUUCGUUUUGACUUGUGCUUGACUGAAGAGAAAAUGGAAGAGGCAAAAAAAUGGGAUCAGCCCUGGCUGGAGUUUGACAUGCUGAGAGAUUAUGAUACCACCAAAAUAGAGGAGAAAAUCUGGAAGGAAGUUCAGAGAGAAAUGAAUAAAUAAACAUUGGUUGUAUAAAUUCAUAUGCUGUACUACAUGUUGGUGGUUGGCAAAGACUUUUAUGAACUCCAAUACCAAAGUCUGCUGAACAUUGUAGACUGUCAUAAACAGCUAACUUACCUUCUGUUGUACAUUUCAGAAUGGCCAUAGGUAAUUGUUCCCAAACAUUUUUCUCUUGUAGAUCAUUAAACAUUACAGUGGCCUUUCGUGUUUAUAAGUAACCAUUCACAUGUGUUUUUGUAUAUAUGCAAAUAAACUAUUACUGCUCAUGUUCA